AUGAUUACUACUAGCCAGAACGUAGUUAUCACUAACGAGGACGUGGUUACUAAAGAGGACGAGGUAACUGAUAGCAAGGACAUGGUUACUAUUCACGAGGACAUGGUUACCACUAGCGAGGACGGGGUUACUAUUAGCGAGGACGUUAGCAAUACUAUGGUUUCAGUGGCGGUGGAUUUGGUAGUGGUGGACUUGGUGGAUUCGGUGGCAGUGGACUUGGUGGGGGUGGAUUCGGCGGCAGUAGAUACACUAGCGGAUUCGGAACUGGUGGGUCCAAAGGUAGCGGAUUCGGAAGUGGUGGCUUCGGUGGCAGUGGAUUUGGAGGCGGACUCGGUAGCAGUGGAUUUGGAGGCGGACUCGGUAGCGGUGGAUUUGGAGGCGGACUCGGUAGCGGUGGAUUUGGAGGCGGACUCAGUAGUGGUGGAUUUGGAGGCGGACUCGGUAGUGGUGGAUUUGGAGGUGGACUCGGUAGAGGUGGAUUUGGAGGCGGACUCAGUAGUGGUGGAUUUGGAGGCGGACUCGGUAGCGGUGGAUUUGGAGGCGGACUCGGUAGCGGUGGAUAUGGUGGGGCUCGUCUUGGCGGUGGUGGUAGCUACGGCAAGUGGUGAGGCUGGAGAACGUCUGGGCGAACAAACCGAACGACAUCUGAAAGUUGGAACCACCAAAACGACCUUCGUCCACUAACGCCACUCCUGAUGGACACCUUGGAAGCAUCUACAUUAAGUCUUUUUUUGACCAAUAUUUAUGUAUAAUAAAUAAAUAAAUUGCCAAAUAAUGUGUUGUGCU